UAAUUUUUUAGGAUGAUAGAAAUUUUAAAUUUUAAAUUCGUCUAUUUCAACUAAUUAUCUAUCAAGUUAACAACCGCACACUCAUCAAUGUUGAUAUUCACGUGAGUUAAUAUCCACGCAGCUGACAAGUUCUGAUUUGUGCACAUGCAAACUGCAAUUAAUAAACUUUUUCAUAAUAAGGCAAAUAAUAAUGUUACCAUUCUCAAAAGAAAAAACAAUAAGGCCAAAGAUAUUGGAGGAGUGCACAUAUUCAAGGCUGAACAAGCUGUCACUCAGACAAUCUCAAGUCUCACUAGAGUUGACUAUGCCUUCAAAGAUUAAUUUGUUGAUCUGUUUAUUCAUUCUUCAUCUGUGGGCUGCCAUUAGUGUUGCAGGCCAAAAUAUAGGGGUCUAUGAGAUCAAGAAAGGAGAUUUCUCUGUAAAGGUCACCAAUUAUGGUGCCAGAAUCAUCUCUGUUUUUCUUCCUGAUAAGAAUGGAGAAAUAGGUGAUGUUGUUCUUGGAUAUGAAACAAUUGAGGAAUACAAGAAUGAUACCACUUCUUUUGGAGCACUACUUGGAAGGGUUGCUAACCGGAUUGGUGGUGCUCAAUUUACUUUGAAUGGAACACUGUAUAAGCUUGUUGCCAAUGAUGGUCCAAACUCACUGCACGGAGGCGUUAAAGGAUUUAGCCGUGUUGUUUGGAAUGUUAGCAAGUACCAGCAAGAUGGUCCCUAUCCUCACAUUACUUUAAUCUACCAUAGUGUUGAUGGUGAAGAAGGAUUUCCUGGUGAUCUUCUUGUCUCUGUUACCUAUGCAUUGAAAGACCCUUACAAGCUUAGUGUGGUAAUGAAGGUAAAAUCUCUGAACAAGGCCACUCCAGUUAACUUGGCUCAACACAGUUAUUGGAACCUUGGUGGACAUAACAGUGGCGAUAUCUUGUCCAACGUUGUUCAAAUCUUUGCGUCACACAUCACUCCAGUAGACACGUACCUCAUUCCUACAGGUGAAAUUUCUUCUGUCAAGAACACGCCCUAUGAUUUCCUUAAACCCCGUAAAGUGGGGAGCCAGAUCGAGGAACUCCCAAGUGGAUAUGACAUCAACUAUGUACUCGACAGCACUGACAAAAUGAAGCCCGUGGCAAUAGUUCAGGAUGAAAAGUCAGGAAGAGUGAUGAACGUAGAAGCGUCUGCACCUGGUGUCCAAUUCUACACUGCAAACUCCCUUAAUCAGAAGGGGAAAAGUGGAUAUAUGUAUCAGCCUCAUGCAGCAUUGUGUUUUGAGACUCAAGGGUUCCCCGACGCUGUGAAUCACCCAAAUUUCCCAUCAACAAUUGUGACUCCAGCAAAGGCCUACGUUCACAAAAUGUUGUAUACAUUCUCAAUCAUGAAAUACUGGAAUUCUUUUUAGUUUUCUCCACCAUCGUUUGUGUCUGUAGUAUCUUCUGCAUAAAAUUAAUAUUUCUGUCAAGGUUAUAUGUUCUUUAUGACAAAUAAAACAUCUGACAUUUUGACUCAA